AUGAACUGUAGAGAGAUUUCCAUGGAAACAAUUAAUGAAGAUGAAGAUUCAUUUGUUUCUAAUACAGAUGCAAUCAUCUACGCUGCUUCUGAUAUUUCAGGCCGGACUCACAGUUUGAUCUCUGAUCACAAUAUUUCUAAUUCAUCGUCUUCUACCAAUGUAGACGAACACCAUCAGCAGCAGGAGAUUUUGACUGCUGCUGGUGGUAGUGAUGGUGAUGAUGAUUCGAUGAUUGUAUCAUCAAGUGCAUCUUCCACCUGGUUUAAUAAUAAUAAGCAAAUUGAUGAUCAGCAAGAGAUUAGGAUAUUUAAUGUUGAUUUUAGAGCACUUUGCAACAACACUUGCCGUAGAUCAGAAUUACGUGGUGGUUUAUUGCCGGAUACUGAUAAGACAGUGAACGAAGAGAGUAGCGUUAGGCUUGUCAAUACGUUGAUGGCUUGUGCCGAGGCGAUUCAAGAGAACAACUUAAGUCUAGCGGAUGAACUAACCAGUGUUUUAAGAAGAAUUGCAGUUUCACAAAUUGGAGGAGCAAUGAAGAAAGUGGCGACUUAUUUUGCUGAAGCUUUGUCUCAUAAGAUUCACAGAACGAAUCGACGAGAUAUUGUUGAAUCAUCCUAUUCCAAGGACCAGCUCUUGCAUAUGAGCUUCUACGAGAGCUGCCUUUUCGUCAAAUUCGCCCACUUCACUGCCAAUCAAUCCAUUUUGGAGGCCUUCGCCGAUUCCAAGAGAGUACAUGUAAUUGAUUUCAGCUUGAAUCAAGGUUCGCAAUGGCCAGCACUUUUGCAGGCUCUCGCUUUGCGUCCUGGCGGUCCACCGGCUUUUCAGCUCACAGGAAUUGGUGGCCACUCCCAGCCUGAUGACAGUACCGAUGCAUUACACAAAGUUGGUUGGAAGCUCGCCCAACUUGCAGAGUCAAUUGGUGUAGAAUUUGAAUUCCGUGGAUUCGUGGUUCAUACUUUAGCUGAUCUUGAAGCAUCGAUGUUGAAUAUUCCUAGUAACGUGGAAGCAGUGGCUGUGAACUCUGUUUUCGAGCUUCACCGUCUGUUUUCCAUUCCAGGAGCAAUUGAGAAAGUGCUGGAUUUAAUCAAACAAGUAAAGCCGAAGAUUGUGACCAUUGCCGAACCAGAAGCGAAUCACAAUGAGAGUGUCUUUAUGAAUAGGAUUAAGGAAGCAUGGCAUUACUAUUCAACAGUGUUCCAUUUACUGGAAAAUUCAGAGUGGACUAAGCGCAGCACUAUAGACUUGGAGAUUGUCGGGCCGCACUUAGGGAGGGAGAUCUAUAAUUUGGUUGCUUGCGAAGGGACUGAGCGAGUUGUGAGACACGAGACGCUGGGUCAAUGGCGAGUGAGGUUUAACUCUGCAGGGUUCAACCUGGUUCCCCUGGCUUCAAAUACGUACAGACACGCAGACUUGUUACUUGCCUUGUACACAAAUGAAGAGGGAUAUAGAGUAGAAGUGAAAGAUGGGUGUCUUAUGUGGAGUUGGCAUAGUCGUCCGCUAAUCACCACCUCUAUUUGGCAGAUAUGUAGCCAAGUCUAG